AGUGAGGUUGGUUUCUCAGCUGUAUCAUGUGAUUCUUUGCAUCAUUUUGCAUCAUUUUGCAAAAUAAGAUAUAUACAUGUAUAAUUGACAGAAAAAAAGGAAAAUCGAAAAGUGAAAAUUGAGAGCAUAUAUCAAAAGUGCAAUUAAAUUAAUAAAUCUAUCACUUAAGUGUAUGAGAGCAGAGUGUAAACAAUUUCAUAAUUAAAAACUCGAAGUAUUUAGAGAAACAUAACGUGAUUUAAAAAGUACAGAUUUGCAUUACAUAUAUUUAUACUAUAGAAGAACAUUUUCUGUACUCAUAAAUGUUUAUACUUUUCGUAACAACAAUAUUGAACAAGAACUCUCUUACAUAACCUAUAUCAGCAGUGUUCUUUAAAAUGAGUAAUUCCAUUAUGGAUAGUCCAGGCUCUAAAGCUCUGGAAGCUGCCAAGAAUAUAAAAGAUGUAGCUAUAUUUAAGAAGCCUGUUGGAUAUGCGAAAAAGAGUAAAAGCACUCAACCAAAGAUUUUAGAUGAGGACACAUAUAUCGAAAAAAUGGGUGAAAUAAUACAAAGGGACUUCUUUCCACAUUUAGAAAAAUUACAAGCACAAAAUGAAUAUUUGGAUGCUUUAGAGCAGAAUGAUAUAAAGAGAAUGAGAGAGUUAUAUGCAAAAUAUAGUUCUGGUCGACCUGUCACAGAAAGGCCAGUUAGUCCAGCAACUUUUGAAACUCCACGUAGAGUUGAGUCGGAUGAAUUGCCAUGUACCUCUGAAGAAUCGUCCCAGGAAACAUCUGUUGAAUAUGUGAAGAAAGAUAACAAAGAAGAAAAUAAAACCGGUCUCGAUGAUUAUUUGAGUUCUCACACAAGCGAAGAUAAUGCUAGUUUUGAAGAGAUGAUGGUCGAGGCAGAAAAUAAACGUAAAUUGAAGUAUGCCUGGCUUUAUGAGGCAGAAGAAAAAUCGAAAGCGUGGCUCGCCAUCGACAAAUCUCCGAUUGAUGUUCUAGCAAUUGAAGGAUCAAACUCCAGGCCCAAACAAGUAGACAGUUGGGCUUAUAAGAAUAAAAAUUAUAUUAUGUACAUUCCCGAUGGAGUGGAACUAACAGUUGAAGAGAAAAUAGAGUUAGCUAAAAAGAAACAGACUGUAAUGCAUGAAAACACGAGACUGAGGAUAAAUCCUUUUAAUGAGCAACAAAAUAAGGAAACUAUUAAUGAAUUGGCCAAGUCACAAUCUAGAGCUAACGAUGGUAAAAUUGGUGUGGACGGCAAAGAAGUUGUCAGGAAUGCGACGCCACGAGUAAAUGGCUUUAGUUUCGUGGCGACACCAAGUCCAAGACCAGGAGAGUGUGAAAGCCCAUUGAUGACAUGGGGCCAGAUUGAGGGGACACCUUUCCGAUUGGAUGGUGGUGACACUCCAUUGCUAAGAACAAGUCAAGGUCCAUCUUUCAGAAUAGCAGAACCACCGAAAAGAGAGCAAUUGGCAUUGCAGUUGGCUGAGAAAGCUGGCGAAAGGCAUAGAGAUCGGAAGAAUAAAGCUUUAGAAGCAGCUAGAAAAUCAUUAGCCACUCCGUCACCAAGGUCAACUAUAGAUCGUUUGAGCACAAUGUCUCCUGCCGCGAGAAGAUUAGCGACUCAAAAACUCCGGAUAUCGAGUACACCAUCGCCCCGACGAACACUCUCGAGGACUCCGUCCAUAGGCAUUAGGACACCUAACACGCCUCGUGCAAUCACGCCAGCUAAACAAAAUAUCUCCCAAAAAUCGGAAACGAAUACUACACGGAUACAAGGACCCGUACUUACUGAUAAUUUACUUAAUCUACCUCCGCAGCGGCAACGAGCGUCGGAUUUUUUUAACAAAUGAAAACUCAUGUUCGAAGAUCGUAUAAAAGUGUAAAAAUGUCUGUCUAGAAUGUGGACAAUGUAUAAAUACCACGUUUGUUGGCUGUUUAUAUUAAUAUUAAGGAGAUUAUUCAUGUAUACUAUAAUAUUUAUGAUUAACUAUAAUGUUUUUCAUACAAUAUGUACAAAGCAUUCAAAUUUGUAUUUGAUUGAUUAUAAUUGCUUGAUUACCAA